GCGUUAAGGUGUUGCUCGGUGACAAGGACGUCAUGAUGUCAGACGUUGUUGUUGUUAGUGCGGCCGCCUGGUAAGUAGGGAAAGAUGGCGGCUCACUGGAGCAGCGAGAACGUGGUGGUAGAGUUUCGGGACUCGCAGGCAACUGCUAUGUCAGUGGACUGCCAUGGACAGCUUGCUGUACUCUCUGGGAGGCGCUUUCUUUAUAUUGUGAAUUUAGACACUCCAACAGAUGGCCACCGAAAGAUUUCUCGGCAAAGUAAAUGGGAUAUUGGUACUGUUCAGUGGAACCCCCAUGAAAGUUGUGCUCACUUCUUUGCUGCUUCCAGUAACCAACGUGUAGACCUUUAUCAGUGGAAGGAUGGCACUGGGGAUAUAAACACAUCCUUGCAAGGUCACACGCGAGUUAUCAGCGAUCUGGACUGGUCUGUGUAUGAACCAGAUGUACUGGUCACCAGCUCCAUUGACACAUACAUUUAUAUUUGGGAUAUCAAGGACACCAGAAAGCCUGCAGUGUCCUUGUCUGCAGUGGCUGGGGCAUCACAGGUUAAGUGGAACAAAAAAAACUCCAACUGUCUCGCAACAAGCCAUGAUGGUGAUGUUAGGAUAUGGGAUCGAAGGAAACCCAGCACUGCAGUGGAAUAUAUUGCUGCCCACUUGUAUAAAAUUCACGGACUAGACUGGCAUCCGGACAGCGAAUAUAUCCUGGCAACCUCCAGCCAGGAUAACUCUGUUAAGUUUUGGGAUUCCCGGCAGCCACGAAAGUGUCUUAAUGUGUUACCCUGUCAGGUGCCAGUCUGGAAGGCACGUUACACGCCCUUCAACAAUGGCCUUGUUACAGUCAUGGUACCUCAGCUGCGGAGGGAGAACAGCCUUCUGCUCUGGAACGUGUGUGACCUUCAAGCUCCAGUUCACAUUUUUGUUGGACAUGAUGAUGUUGUCCUUGAGUUCCAGUGGCGGAAACAGAAAGAAGCACUAAAAGACUAUCAGCUGGUGACCUGGUCACGGGAUCAGACACUACGCAUGUGGAGAGUGGAUGCCCAGCUACAGAGGCUAUGUGCUAAUGACAUCAUGGAUCCAGUAGAUGAACUUAUGGAUGGUUUAUCUUUAAUUCCUGAACAAGAGAAGUCUUUGCAGCCACCUGAACAAAUCUCCGGCCACUCAGAAGAAGAUGCAACUUUUGGAGAGGAGUCUCCCACAACAUCUCUAAUCCCAGGAACCUCUGAGCAGCUGGGCCUUCCACAGACACUGCAGCAAGAGUUCUCCUUGAUCAAUGUGCAUAUACGUAAUGUCAACAUUGAGAUGGAUGCAAUGAACCGAAGCUGCACUGUUUCUGUGCAUUGUGGGAAUCAUAGAGUGAGGAUGUUGGUUAUGUUUCCUGUUCAGUAUCCCAACAAUGCAGCACCCUCCUUUCAGUUUGUCCAUCCGACAACCAUAUCUUCUGCCAUGAAAGCCAAGCUGCUCAAGAUUCUGAAGGACACAUCGCUGCAAAAAGUGAAACGCAAUCAAAGCUGCUUGGAACCCUGUCUACGCCAACUCGUUUCCUGUCUGGAAAGUUUUGUGAAUCAGGAAUCCAGCCCUUUAAGCAGCCCCUACAAUCUACAGGGCCCAAUCACCCCACCGCUGCCAACUUUUGCCCGUGUACCCAAUGCCUAUGGCUCAUACCAGGAUGCCAAUAUCCCCUUUCCAAGAACUUCUGGUGCCCGUUUCUGUGGUGCAGGUUAUCUUGUAUAUUUUACAAGACCUAUGACCAUGCAUCGUGCAGUGUCCCCUACAGAGCCUACACCAAGAUCUCUAUCUGCCCUCUCUGCUUAUCACACUGGAGUCAUGGCACCCAUGAAAAUUCGGACAGAGGCUCCAGGAAACCUGCGUAUAUAUAGUGGGAGUCCAACUCGCAGUGAGAAGGAGCAAGUUUCCAUUAGUUCGUUUUAUUACAAAGAAAGGACGCCCCCCCUGUCUGCUCGCAGGCGAUGGUCCAUCCAAGUGAUUAACGACUUCCCGAAAUCUCGGAGGUGGAAAUCCAAACGUGAAAACAGCGACCCAAACUCUCGGCCAAUCAAGGCGGCUGGCAAAGUUAUAAUCCAGGACAUCUCCUGCCUGCUGACUGUGCACAAGACCCUGGGAGAGAUGUACAUCCUCAACCACGGUAACCUCCAAGAGAUGUGUCAAAAAAAUGCAACGGCUGCUCUGAGUGUGGGACGCAGAGAUCUGGUACAGGUCUGGGCUCUCGCUGCUGCUGCUAAUGAUGUAUGUCUGAGCCCCAAGUCUGAUCCUGAUGCGGAGACCCCAUGGGCACGUCACCCGUUUGGCCGGCAGCUACUGGAAUCACUACUAGCUCAUUAUUGCCAUUUGCAUGAUGUUCAAACACUGGCCAUGUUGUGCAGUGUCUUUGAUGCCCAGUUUCUCUUGCAAGGAGGUGGACAAACAACUUGCCCAACGUUUACUUCACGCUCUACCCACAGCCGCUAUCCCAGUUUUACCUCCUCUGGGUCAGGUUCCAGUAUGUCUGAUCCUGGAUUUAGUAAUAGCAGCUGGACAAUUGGGACUCAAGAUAUUGAACAUGGGGCUCCAUGGGGAGAUGCAUCUCCAGAUGAAUAUCGAUAUUGUAACAUAAAUUAUGUGGAUCCACGGGAACGGGAGAGAGAUCAGCACGACAAGAACAAACGGUUGCUGGACCCUGCAAAUGCCCAGCAGUUUGAUGACUUUAAGAAGUGUUAUGGAGAAAUCUUGUACCGCUGGGGUCUACAGGAGAAACGUGCUGAAGUGUUAAAAUUUGUUUCUUGUCCCCCUGAGCCUCAUCGGGGGAUAGAAUUUGGAGUGUAUUGCAGUCACUGCCGCAGCGAGGUGCGUGGAACACAGUGUGCAAUCUGCAAGGGUUUCACUUUUCAGUGUGCCAUUUGUCACGUGGCAGUCCGAGGCUCGUCUAAUUUCUGCUUAAGUUGUGGACACGGGGGGCACACCGCACACAUGUUGGAGUGGUUUAGCACCCAAGAAGUCUGUCCCACUGGCUGUGGUUGCCAUUGCUUACUAGAAAGCACAUUCUGAUGAUUUCUUUGCUUUAAGAAAUGCUGCCUGCUGCAGACGGCCUGACAAAUGCAUGUCUGCAAAAUUUUAGUGACAGCAGGAAGUGUUCAAACACUGAAACAGCCUGUUAGCUGGACCAGGAAGGAGGCUAACUGCUUUCUGAAAUGGCAUAUUUCACUGAAAGUCCCAAGCCAGUACGACAUAGGCUGGCUGCUUUCUCACGGAAUGUCUGCUGUAAUGUGCAAAUUGGGGAAAUUAACAGAGAAGACAAGUGCCAGAUGUCACAAAGGGCACUGUUCAGAGAAGAGACACUAUUGAGUAACAGACUACUGCAUUCUCAGAACUUGAGCCUUUGAGGGCAUGCCCACCAUAACAGAUAAAGGAGCAAAGUGGGGGGUUUUUUGUAAGGACAAAUGCUGAAAGACCGUUGUAUAAAAUAUUCCAUUAUGCAGAAAAUGCUGCAUUUGUUCUUUUCUUAUUUUUAGGCUGCCAUCGUGAGCAUUUUGCAGUGUUUGGACCCUCUGUUAUAUUUUAACCUCAUCCUCACUCACAUGUUCAUGCAGAGAAGCACUUCAUGGAUAACUUGAUUAGACUCGAAACAAAAAUUGUGCUAAAUGGGCCGUCAUUGUGUUUAUGUAUCCUAUUUGAGUCCACACGGAAUAUCUGUAGUUAAUGUAUAACAAAUGUAAAUGUAUAUCUAUUCUGCCUACCUAGUUUCACAAGAAGACUCCCAUAAGUACGUGUUUUUAUGUGUAGUAAUUUAACGGCCAACUGCAUCAGAAAUGGAUAAAGGAUAACAGCAAGGGAAUAUUUGGUAAUUCUGGUGCCCAGUUUUGCAGAACCUUUGGGUUGGAUGGGGUGACAUGCAGCAAUUCUGAGACCCAGCUUGCAUUGCACCAUGGCCCCAUGACAAAUAGGGCACUAUGAAAAGCUUUGCACUUUAAAGGCAUGUUGAUGUUACAUUACUUCAUGUAAAAAUGAAUAUAAACAGUAAAUUGGUAAGAUCAGUAUUGUGACUGGUAAGGGCAUCAUCUCAUGCACAUUGACAUCUUAGGCAUACAACAGAAACAUCAUACUGGAACACUUUUAUUAGCUUGGGAGGUCUCUGGGCUGCAGCAGUGGCAGGACCAUAAGUACAGGAACCGGAUGCACUUUUCAAUGUAGUUUUGUGUAAAAAACUGAAUAAAACAAAAUGUAAACCUACUGAAACAAAUGUGUAUAUAGAUUGGCUAGAAAUGCUUCUUCUAAAACCCAAACCACCCCUUUUAAUUCUGUUGUGUUUUACAACAAAUUAAAGGACAAGGAAAGUCUAAAAUAGAAUAA